AUGAUCGAGGGGGAGAUGCACCGCAAACCUGUAGAUUUGGAGCCAUUUUUGCGGUGCAUAUCAACCGAAGAAGGGCAACAGAUAUUGGCGGAGGCUCAUGAAGGAAUAUGUGGCAACCAUUCUGGAGGGCGCAGUCUCGCGCACAUGAUACUUUCCCAGGGAUACUUCUGUCCAUACAUGCAGAAAAAUGCUAAAAAAUACGUGCAGAAAUGCGUGCCAUGCCAAGAGCACGCUCCAAUUCCAAAAAGGCCCGCCAACGAAUUGCAUCCAGUUUUUAGUCCCUGGCCAUUCUCUAUGUGGGGACUGGACAUCGUCAGACCACUUCCCAAAGCUCCUGGAGGCGUUAAAUUCGUACUAGCCGCUACUGAUUAUUUCACCAAAUGGGUCGAAGCAGUGGCACUAGCACACGUUACCAUAUAUGAUGUGAAAAGGUUCAUAUGGGGGAAUAUCGUCUGCAAACUUGGAAUCCCAGACGCGAUAGUAUCAUACAAUGGGAAGCAGUUCGAUUCUGGGGUGAUCAAAGACUUUUGCAAGAACCUUAAUAUCCGCUACAAUUUCUCAUCUCCUUACUAUGCUCAGAGCAACGGGCAGGCAGAAGCGACCAAUCGCGUUAUUAUGUACAAUCUCAAGAAAAGGCUAGAGAAGGCGAAGGGAAAAUGGAUAGAAGAAUUCCCUGUGGUCUUAUGGUCCUACCGGACAACCCCAAAAAGAUCCACUGGAUUUUCCCCAUUCACACUGGCUUAUGGGACAGAGGCAGUCAUACCCACCGAGGUACAUCUCAAGACUACCAAGACUCGUGUUGUCAAGUCUGGAAAAAACGACAGCAUACUGGCUUUAGAUAAAGAGUUCCUGGAAGAACAAAGAGAAACAACUUUACAACAGUUGGUCCGAUACCAGCAGGAAAUCAAGCUGAGCUAUGAUCGUAAAGUCAAAGAACAGUCAUUCAAACCAGGGGAAUAUGUCUUGAAGAAAACUCGAGCAGCCACAAUGGAACCAAACUGUGGAAAGCUCGGAGCAAACUGGGAAGGUCCAUACAUAGUGGACAGGCCAACAUCUCGUGGCUCCUAUUGUUUAAGGAACCUCGAUGGAACUAAGGAUUCAAAACCAUGGAAGCUAUGGAAUUCAUUCCACUUGAAGAAGUUUUACCAUUAG